CUGGCGACUCCUGGAGGGCGGGCCCGGGGGCACGUGGCUCUGGGUGCCCGCUCUGGCGCCGCCCCGCCCCGCUCCCGCCCUCCCGGUGCCUUCCGUCCCUCUUUCCCGGGGCGCUCUCUCCGAGCCCCGAAGUUUCCCAUGGAGUUUGUGGCCGCGCUUCGCCUCUGCCUGUGGCUGUGGCUGUGGCCGGGGCUGGGGCCGGGGCUGGGGCCGGGGCCGGGACUGGGCCACCCGCAGCCCUGUCCCCAGGGCGCGCAGCUCGGGGGCCCGCUGCGCCUGGGCGCCCUUCUGCCCCGGGCGGCGGCCCUGCAGCGCCGUGUGCGGCGCGCCCUAGCCCGGGCCAUCUCGGAGGGCGCGUGGGGGCCCGAGCCGGGGCUGGAGCUGGGGCUGGAGCUGGGGCCAGAGCUGGAGCUGGAGGCCCCCGCGCCCCCCGCCCGGGACCCCGCCUCGCUGGCUGCCUGGCUGUGCCGCCUGCUGGCUCGGCCGGGGCUGGCCGCACUGCUGGCCUUCCCUGAGUCCCGGCCCGAGCUGCUGCAGCUUCACUUCCUGGCCGCCAGCCUGGAGACCCCCGUGCUGAGCCUGCUGCAGCUGGACGCGCGCCUGCCGCCCGCCACGCCGAAUCCGUUCCAUCUGCAGCUGGACUGGGCCAACCCCCUGGAGACGCUGGUGGACGUGCUCUCCUCUGUGCUUCGCGCCCAUGCCUGGAAGGACAUCGCUCUGGUCCUGUGCCGCAUCCGUGAUCCCGGGAGCUUCUCGGACUUCUGGACCCAGCGCACGGGGCUGGCACCACAGAUGACCCUGGAGCUGAGCCGGUUGCCUGGAGCCCUGGCCCGCCUGCAGGCACUGGCCGGGGAGCCUCCCCCGGUUACAGCUGCCAUCCUGUUUGGCUGUGAUGCCAACCGUGCCCUUCAAGUGCUGGCCGCCGCCCCCCCUGGGCCCAGAUGGCUCCUGGGCACCCCACUGGAGGCCAGGGAAUUGCCCAUUCAAGGCUUGCCCCCAGGAUUACUGGCCUUUGGUGGGGAGAGCCAGCCCCUCCUGGAGGAUCUCACCCAGGAUGCUGCAGGGCUGGUGGUCCAGGCAGUGGGCAGGGCUGUCCAUGCCCACCCUGAACAGAUCCUCUCUCCCUCAGUAGUCAGCUGUACCAGCCCUCGACUGUCAAGGCCUGAGUCCUGGGGCAGGCGUCUGGCUGGGUUCCUGGCCAACGCCUCCUUCCACGGCCGGACGGGUCACAUGUGGGUGACGGCUACCUCCCAGGUUCACAUCCAGCACCAUUUUCAGGUGUGGAGCCUCCUGCGGGACCCUCGAGGCGCCCCCGCCUGGGUGACGGUGGGCCACUGGCAGGACGGGCGUCUGGAGCCGGCGGCGGGGGGCGUGUGGCCGGGAGCGGGGGGGCUCGGCGGGCGGAUGCCCCCGCGCUCCCCUCUGCUGGAGAAUGAAGUCGGGCCUCAGAAGCUGCGGGUGGUCACCCUGGUGGAGCACCCGUUCGUGUUCACCCGCGAGGUGGAUGAGGACGGCCACUGCCCCGCCGGCCAGCUGUGCCUGGACCCGGGCACGAACGACUCCGCCGUCCUGGGGGAGCUCUUCGCCGCCCUGGACGAGCCGGGCAACGGCUCGGUGCCCCGCGACCUGCGCAAGUGCUGCUACGGAUACUGCAUCGACCUGCUGGAGCAGCUGGCGGAGGACCUGUCCUUCGCCUUCGAGCUGUACAUCGUGGGGGACGGCAAGUACGGCGCCUGGCGCGACGGCCGCUGGACCGGCCUGGUGGGGGACCUCCUGGCGGGCACCGCCCACAUGGCCGUCACCAGCUUCAGCAUCAACUCGGCGCGCAGCCAGGUCAUCGACUUCACCAGCCCCUUCUUCUCCACCAGCCUGGGCAUCCUGGUGCGCACGCGCGACACGGCCUCCCCCAUCGGCGCCUUCAUGUGGCCCCUGCACUGGACCAUGUGGGUGGGCGUCUUCGUGGCCCUGCACCUGACCGCCCUCUUCCUCACGCUGUACGAGUGGCGCAGCCCCUACGGCAUGACGCCGCACGGCCGCAACCGGCUCAAGGUCUUCUCCUACUCGUCCGCCCUCAACCUCUGCUACGCCAUCCUCUUCGGCCGCACCGUGUCCAGCAAGACGCCCAAGUGCCCCACGGGCCGCUUCCUCAUGAACCUGUGGGCCAUCUUCGGCCUCCUCGUGCUCUCCAGCUACACGGCCAACCUGGCCGCCGUCAUGGUCGGGGAGAAGACCUUCGAGGAGCUGUCGGGGAUCCACGACCCCAAGCUGCACCAUCCAUCUCAAGGCUUUCGCUUUGGCACCGUGUGGGAGAGCAGCGCCGAGGCCUACAUCAAGAAAAGCUUCCCGGAGAUGGCCGAGUACAUGCGCAGGCACAACGUGCCCACCACGCCCGACGGGGUCGCCAUGCUCACGACGGACCCUCCAAAGCUCAACGCCUUCAUCAUGGACAAGUCGCUGCUGGACUACGAGGUCUCCAUCGACGCCGACUGCAAACUGCUCACCGUGGGCAAGCCCUUUGCCAUCGAAGGCUACGGGAUUGGGCUGCCUCGGAACUCGCCGCUCACCUCCAACCUGUCCGAGUUUAUCAGUCGCUACAAGUCUUCGGGGUUCAUCGAUCUGCUGCACGACAAGUGGUACAAGAUGGUGCCCUGUGGCAAGAGGGUCAUCGCUGUCACGGAGACUCUGCAGAUGGGCAUCUACCACUUCUCGGGGCUCUUCGUGCUGCUCUGCCUGGGCCUCGGAUGCUCCCUCCUCACCUCUUUGGGGGAACACAUUUUCUAUCGCCUGGUCCUGCCUCGGAUCCGCAAGCACGCCAAGCUGCAGUACUGGCUGCACACCAGCCAGAAAAUCCAUCGGGCUCUGAACACCAGCUUAGAGCAGCAGAAGAACCAGAAGGCAGAGCCGGAGCCUGCGCCGGAGCCAAGCUGCAACCCCCCCGGCCAGCAGAGCAGCAGGAACAGCCUCAGGCCGGCGGUGAAGGGUGAGCGCAGGGUCCGAUUCCAGGAGCCAGGGAUGGAGGGGCCUGACCUGCAGCUCACCAAUGGGCGCCUGCCUCAGCAGCAGCCGGUGGGGCAGCCGGAAGCAGUACGGCCACAGUCCCCUCCUCUGGCAGCUGCUGCUGCCGCCCCUGCCACUACAACCACAACCACCCAGAGCGAGCUGAAGGCCCUGGAGCAGCGAAUCGAGGGCAUGCGGGAGCAGCUCCGGGCUGCCUUGCUCAGGAAGAGUGAGCUGGUGCUCCUGCUUGGGAGGGACCUGCCCCCCCGCAGCCGGCUACUGCUGCCCCCCCAGGAGAUCAGCGAGGACAGCUAGCCAUGCCUGACCGCCCACCAGUCCCUUGGCCUUCCUGUGGCACUGGAACCUAGCUCCCGGGCCUGGGCACACAAGUGGGAGUGGUGGCAGUACCAAGCUCCCAUUUGCUUUGUGGCUCCAGGCUUUCCGAGCCAGUUUCACGCACCCCUUCAGGGCACCCUAAGUCCUGGCUUGACCUGAGAUUCAAUAUAGUAGCUGCUGCCCUCAGGCUCCUCUGAAACUAGAGGCCAUUUCCAAGUCUGGAAGGGCCCGGCCUCUGGUGUCAGUUGGCCAGGCAGCCAGAGCCUAAGACCUCCUUUGGCCAGGAUUGGUGGAGGGUUAGAGCACAAAGCCCUUACAGGCCCUUGGCGACAGCAGCAACUGCAUGUUGGGAAUCCUGGGAGGAGCCGGCAUCGGUGGGCUAAGGGCACCGGCUCCCUGAAGCAUCAUCCCCUUGCAUGCCUACAAGCUUCGUGUUGAUGAGAAAGCAUGAGUUCCAUCCUCUCCCUCCAUUGUACCAUAGUGUCAGCUUGGGGGUGGAAAGGUCGGCACCUCGGCCCCAGGGACCUCAGCAGCUUCAUCCUGGGGCCACAUACAUUCCACAAGCCUAGAUUUAAGAGCUGGCAGAAAAUUUAAUAAUUUUCAAAAUAUUUUAGACACCAUAAAUGUGAGUCUGGAGAGAAAAUACCGAUGUUAAGCAGGCCAGAUGCAGACUGUAAGCCACUGCCAAUGAGGAAUUGCUGUAGAGGGCAUCCCCAGAAACAGGCCUGCCCAGAGGGCUGCACUGGGAACAAAGGGAGACACUGAGGAAGGCCUCCAAGCUGCUGGGAAGACGGCUGAGAAGGGUGGAGCACUCCUGUCAGGGCAGCCCCUUCACUUCUGGGAAAUGCUUGCUCUGAUCUGCUGAGAUGUCAAUGAAAGAAGUGGAGGAAAAUCAGAGAGAGCAACUGUUAGAUAGACUAUUUAUUAUAUAUACAAACACAAUUUUUAUACAUUACAAUUAAAUAGAAUGGAAUGAAUUUUUUAUUCUUCAUUCCUCACCAAGUGAUUUGGUUGA